AUGGAUCAAGGUAUGCCUCGGUGGCCUGCCAAAGACUACCGGGCGUCCAUACAUGGUGAUGGGGGUGCUACUCCAGGUCGGGGGCAGAACAGUGGUGCCACAACGAAUGCAAAUGGCAAGCAAAUCCUCUCCCGUGGCCCCAGUAAUGGAGCAACGUUCUCUACCCUCGGAACGAAAGACAUAGUUCUCGGACCUGGCGGCGGAAUGGGACAGCCGAGGCCACAAUCCACUGGGAGCUUGGCCUCAUCGGGAGCUAAUGGCUUGGGCCCGGCUCCCGCGGCUGGCUCCUUGCUUUCCGGCAACUCUCCUCACAUAGGAAGACGUAGCGAUAAACGGGAUCGGGAAAGAAGCGUCUCGCAAAAUAAACCGAACGCUCCUGCAUCCGCCUGGCGCAGCAAUCCCUCUAUGUCGAUGUCUACGCCGAACUUGGCUGCUCUAUCGCCCGCGAGCAGACAGCAACCGUGGCCUCAGUUGAAUUCCGCGACAUUGGGAGCAUUCUCGAAACCGCCGGUAGCGGCCGCUCCGAUCGAAAGCCAAUCGCGCCCAACACCGCCCCCUCCUGAACCUACUCAGCAGCAGCAGAGGCGACAAGCAGCUCCGCGUGGGUUUGAGAACGCAUUUCCUUCUCUCGGAAACGGUGCGAACGCAGGGAGACCUACUGGACCGGCACCGGUCGAAGCAAAAGGGCCUACAGGAAAAGUCUGGGGAAAACCCGACCUUGUGUCUUCCAUCGUUGCUGCUCAGCCACCACAAAAUAACGGAAACAGACCCGAGAUGGAGGCAGAUACCGCUGCAGACGAUGAGGAGGCGGCAGAAAUUGCUCGUCUGAAGGCACUGAUCCCGAGGUUGGACAAGCCAAAGUCCUACGGAAAGAACAGCUCGUCGAUGCGUGAACGAAGCAAAUCGUUAUCGGCCUCCAAGAGCCUUUUACCCCCUGCGCCGAGUCGCUCUGCCACAUUCACCAAAGCCGCAGGAGCGAACCCCCGGCCCUCUGUUCUGUCGUCCAAAGCCUUCACGAAUCAGAGUGGCAAAGCGACCAAACCUGUGAUGAUCGCCAACCGACCAAAGCUCCGUAGCACUCUGAAAGCAUCGCCAAGAAUGCCGAAUGGCUUCGACGAGGGGAAAACUGAAGUGGUGAUACCUGACGCGAAAGGCGAUGGAAAUACCGAAAACUCGCCACAAUCUGCAGCCUCUGAUGCAAAUGAUUUGGUAGAGACCAUUGAUAUCUCGUGCGAAGACCCUGAGAGUCACUCGACCGACGCGGAAGGCUCGGAAGGCGACAGCGAAGCGUCGGGGUCCCAUCCAAGCACUACAAAUGCGGUUGUCACCCCGUCGCCGACCAUUGAAGUGCAUGAGGACGACGAAAACUUGUUCCAGCUGGACGGCACCGACACGCUGCCUGCCGCUGUUACGGAGCCUGUGCUUCGUUCAUCCGCUUCGUCUCACAGUAUCGCCAGCAGCAUUCGAUCGUCCACACUCGAUGCUGUGCCUCCAGAAGACUCCGGCCGUGACUUCACCAGCUCGCCAAUGGUUUUCCCUUCCGCUUCGGUCCCCAAGGUCGAAACGAAAGAUUUACUGAACCUGAACGAAGACGACAUCCUCGGCGAGAUUCUUCGCGACACGACCGCGACCCUGUCUCCUUCAGGCAUCAUCCCCAGCACAAGCCCGAUCUCCACCUCAGGAGCCAGACGUCCCAGCCCGGACCCGUAUAAGCAAGCCUUCCAGUACUCGGCAUCUCUCGAACGCGAAGAAGCCUUCCUGCGCUCCCUUGGAUGGAACAAGGCCGCCUACUACGACUCAGACGUGGAUGAGAAGGAGUUUGAAAUCACACAAGAAGAGAAAGAGGAGUUCUUCAGAGGCUAUCAUGCUCGCCUUGCCGAUUCAACCAGCCCGGGGGUCGGCGAGCAGCAGUUGCUCCCUUCUUUAAACGGCCACCAGAACAACAACCAGCAGCAGCAGCAGCGGGCGGGUGGUGAUUCGCUAUACCGGAUGGACGACCUGUUUGCGGGCAGCUCGUACCACUACCCACCAUCAUUUACACACAGCACCACCCACCCGUUCACGACCGCCCAGCACGCGCACCAUCACACCCACGCCGCUGGGAUUCCCAACGGAAUCGACACCCACGGCGCGUAUUUCCCCAACGGUGACGCUACUAACAGUUACCCCGCUCCGCCCGCAUCAACAUCAGAAACCUUUGAUUUCGCACGCCAGUUCCAGUCCGCCGUCGGCUACCACCAUCACAGCCAUGCGCCGAAUGGUACUCCUGCUACCACCCAGCACCAGCGGUUCACGGCAUUUUGA